AUGUCAGGUAUUUGUAAAGCUCGCCUUACCGAAGAACGUCGACAAUGGCGAAAAGAUCAUCCAUAUGGCUUUUUUGCGCGUCCAGUGAAGACCGAAAACGGACUGGAUUUAUUAAACUGGCAAGUCGGCAUUCCAGGUAAAAAGGGGACGCCAUGGGAAAACGGCGUAUAUAAGCUGAUAAUGAUUUUUCCCGAAGACUAUCCAUCAAAGCCACCUAAAUGUAAAUUCUUGCCUCCUCUUUUUCAUCCGAACGUUUAUCCUUCGGGAACCGUUUGUCUGUCGAUUUUAAACGAAGAGGAGGGAUGGAAACCAUCAAUCACCAUCAAACAAAUUUUACUUGGCAUCCAAAACCUUCUCGACGAACCUAAUCCGGAAAGCCCUGCACAAUCGGAUGCAUAUAUGCUUUUCAAGUAA